UCCCCCUCGAACUGCGAAUCUCUCCAUAAACAUUCUGCUCCUCUAAUUCCGCUCACGGACACGCGCGCGCGCGAGCCUCUCCGACCGCGCAGAGGCUCGCGACCAGCUGUGCGACGCGGCGCUGCCUACUGGUGGAGCGGCGGCAGGACGAUGGCAGUGCGCGUGGACGGGCUCUCUCCGUGUUUGUCCUCGCUGGUCUAUGAAGGUUUUAAUUCGCCGAUAACACACGUUUGACAUUUGUGACGGACCGAUGCAGGAGCGACGAUAAACGCCGCGCUCUGAUUAUGGAAAAGCAGCCCAGGUUCGAAGACCUCUGAUCAUAUUGGCUCCACAGCCAGCCAGGUGGCCAAUCAGGCGAUAGCCUGGCUCACUGAGGAGGGAGACCCUCUUACCUCACCCACACCGCUUCACCCAUCCCCCUCUACCGUCACCGCCAUGUCUAUACCCAGCGGCAGCCCAGAGAGAGAGGGCUUCAGUGGGGCGCCCCCUCAGCUAGAGUGCCUUUCUUCCCCUCCCGGCAUGGACACAGAUCCCCCGUCAACGGGCAGUCCAAUUCUCAGCCCAGACUCCUCUUCCCAUGAUGCAUUGCUGUCGGCGCCGGCAGCCUCCCCGGCAGACUCGGAGAACUUGAGUCCCGAUGAACUGGAGCUGCUGGCCAAACUGGAGGAGCAGAACAGGCUGCUGGAGGCCGAUUCCAAGUCCAUGCGCUCGAUGAGCGGUUCGCGGCGCAACAGCGGCUCCUCGCUGGUGUCCAGCUCCUCGGCCUCCUCCAACCUGUCUCACCUGGAGGAGGACACCUGGAUCCUGUGGGGCCGCAUCGUCAACGAGUGGGAAGAGUGGAGACGCAAGAAGGACAAGCUCCUGAAGGAGCUGAUCAGGAAGGGCAUCCCUCACCAUUUCCGUGCCAUCGUCUGGCAGCUGCUGGGCAACGCCACCGACAUGCCGGUGAAGAACCAGUACUCCGAGCUGCUGAAGAUGACGUCCCCGUGCGAGAAGCUCAUCCGCCGAGACAUCGCCCGCACCUACCCCGAGCACGAGUUCUUCAAAGGCCAGGACAGCCUGGGGCAGGAGGUCCUCUUCAACGUCAUGAAGGCCUACUCUCUGGUGGACCGAGAGGUGGGCUACUGCCAAGGCAGCGCAUUCAUAGUUGGUCUGCUGCUUAUGCAGAUGCCCGAGGAGGAGGCGUUUUGUGUGUUUGUGCGCCUGAUGCAGGAGUACCGUCUGAGGGAGCUGUUCAAACCCAGCAUGGCCGAGCUGGGCCUCUGCAUCUACCAGUUUGAGUAUCUGCUACAGGAGCAACUUCCAGAGCUGAACGUCCACUUUCGAUCCCAGAGUUUCCACACGUCCAUGUAUGCCUCAUCCUGGUUCCUCACCCUUUUCCUCACCUUCCUCCCUCUGCCUGUCGCCACGCGCAUCUUCGACAUCUUCAUGUAUGAGGGCCUGGAGAUAAUCUUCCGCGUGGGCCUGGCCAUCCUGCAGUACAACCAGACUGACCUCAUUCAGCUGGACAUGGAGGGCAUGUCGCAGCAUUUCCAGAAGGUGAUCCCCCACCAGUUCGACAGCUGCACAGACAAGCUGAUCCUCAGGGCCUACCAGGUCAAGUACAACCCCAAGAGGAUGAAGAAACUUGAGAAAGAAUAUACCACAAUCAAGAACAAAGAAAUGGAGGAACAAAUUGAGAUCAAGAGGUUACGCACAGAAAACCGGCUGCUGAAGCAGAGGAUUGAGACUCUGGAGAAGGAGAAUGCCGCUCUGGCAGACAGGCUGAUACAGGGUCAGGUGACGAGGGCGCAGGAAGCGGAGGAGAACUACGUGAUCAAGCGGGAGCUGGCGGUGGUGAGGCAGCAGUACAACACAGCCAGCGAGAGCCUGGAGAAAGCGCAGGAGACCAUCAGAGAGCUGCAGCAACAGAAGUACACAGAGCCGUUUGUGAGCAAUCUGCAGACCCAGCUGGAGCAGUCCAGGCUGCGCGAGGCCGAACUGCAAGGAGCACUGAAGGAAAUGCAAGACAAGGUCCUGGACCUGGAGAAGAGAAGCACAUGUCUGCCCGAUGAGAACAACAUGCCGGCUCUGCAGGAGGAGGUGAAGCAGACGAAGCUCAGGGAGCUGGAAACACUGCGCUUGUUCAAAGAGAUGCAGGACACCGUCACUGAGCUCAACCAGCACUGGCAGCACCACAUGUCCCGCGGCAGCAGCACGGGUGGCGGGGGCGGCCACUGGAAGGAGUCCCCGAAGAAGAACGCCAUGAACGAGCUGCAGGACAAACUGAUGACGGUCCGACUGAGGGAAGCCCAGGGUCAGGCGGAGCUCCGAGAGGUCAAACUCAAAGCUCUGCAGCUGGAGAGCCAGAACCAGAUCCACAGCAAGCUGAUUGGUCGCAACGAUCAGGAACGCUCCGCCCUGCAGGACCGGCUCCAGAUGCUGGCCAAUCAGAACAAAGCGCUCCAGAACCAGAUCAACGAGAUGAAAAGGAAGCAGACAGAGUCUGACUGCAAGAGCAAAGAGGAGGUGAUGGCGGUGCGACUGAGGGAAGCAGACUGUAUGGCUGCCAUGGCUGAACUCAGGCAGAAGGUUGCUGAUCUUGAGAUACAGAAGGAGGAAGGGCUGAUCCAGGGCCAGCUGAACCACUCAGACUCCAGACAGGACAUAAACGAGCUGCGGGACCAGAUCGCCGAGCUCAAGAACGAGAUCAGGCAGAUGCGAGGGCAGAAGGCGGCCCCCAGCCACAGGGUCAGCAGCGGAGGAGGAAGUACCAACUACCAGGAUCUGUGUCUGGCCAGCCCCGCCUCCGCUGAGGGAGACUAUCUGAGCUCAGACGACGACCUCCUCCCCAGCCCGCUGCCUCCAAACGCCCUUUACCCCAGCCUGUCCGGCCUGUGUCACCCGUCUGGCCGCCUCGACAGCGAAGGCAGCACGGACAGCGAGGCAGAGGAGCGGGCUCUGACGCAUCCGGACCCACAGCAGCUGUAUGGCGGCAUGGUGUGCGCUGAGGCCCUGGACAACUGAGACCCGGAGAGGAGGGUGUGAGGGUUUCAUUGGAUUUGUUUGCGCUAAAGAGACCCUGGAGCUCUACGGGACUGCGACUGUAAACUGGGGCUGUAUCAUCCCAUCCAGUCCUCCUCCUCCUCGGCUUUUCCAGUGUUUACCUUUUAACUUGAUAGCAGCAUUGAUUGGACCCCUGACCACCACUCGUGUUGUUUUCCCGCCCCUGUUACCGUCUCCUCCACCUUGUCCCCCCAUGCUGUCCCAUCCUGUGUUUUUCUUUCACCGACCAGGAGGUAACGUAUAGCCUCGCUGCUUGUCCCCCUGUGUAACCGGGCCAGAAACCAUCCAAAAGCAAAGAUGCGACACGCAACCAAACAGAAAAGCACUGACCAGCAUGACUCUUGUUGCCUCUCGCUGCUCGGGGUCCGCGGGACCUGCUCCUGCGACUGUGAUAAUGAGUGAAACCGGGGUGGACAGAAGAUAACUCUCCUAAAAAGUGACAGACACUUGAAACGACUCUACUUCCUGACUGGUUCAGAGUUAAAUAUCCUCUCUUUUCCCUUUUCAAGCUCUCGUUGGGAAGAAACGCACAAAAAAAGACAAAAAAUAACAUAUAUCAGCCGUCCAUUUACCUCUCAGUAGACCGAGUGUUGAAAAUAAAACAGGUGGUGAGUGUGAGGAGAGGGAGGUGCAGUGUAGGAAUGCAUACCCAUCAAACGGGAGGGAUAUCAGCAGAUGGCAUUCAUUACUUUGUUCCUUUAACAUACUGAAUAUGUGAGUUAAUGCAACAGAUCAUGUUCAAAAAACAUGUUCACCAUAACCCAGAGAACAAGGAAGAAAGAAACUCCAUGUUGCCAAAUCUUUUCUUUUUUUAAAUAUUAUUUAUAUGUUGUAAUUUAUUUUGAUAUUUUUUAAUAUAUUUUAUAUAUCGAUAUGAAACUAUAGGAGUGUAGAGAUACCGACAGAGGCCAAACUUUCUACACCGUCCUUUGUGCCAACGAGUCGCCUGUUACAGUUUUACUGUGACACACGAGGGUUUCACAGACGGAAAUGUGCUGCUAUGGUUUUGGAUUUUCUUCUCCCAUUAUGUUUUUGCUCUCUGUUGUUUUGUAUUUUUUUAAUCUUUGUGAGGUGAACAUGCAACCUCCUGUUGACCUGCCGCAGUUUGACCGGAUUCCUAACCCGGAGAUUCAGAGAGGCUGGGGACCAUUCUCUUCCAAACCGAGCAUGAUCAUUGUUAUGUGAGUUAGAGGAACAGUUUGACGUUUCAGGACUUUAAUUUUCUCUCCUGCUGAGAACUACAUGAGAAGACCGAGACGUUUCUCCUGUCUGUCCGUUAAACAUAAAGCAGGGCUCUCAAGUUUUGAAGACAGGCAAGAGUGACAUUUCCAUCAGCACCCCGCAGAACGGAAUUUUCGGAUAUCAGUCAGUCGCGCGCAAUUCCAGGAUGCUUUACUUUCAUUGGUUGCUGGAUUAAAUCCUACCCAGAUACAACAGAUACGGUUUUUAUUCUGAUUGGCUAUUGUGUAGCCCAUUUCUUUUUUUUGAUUGGCUGAUAAGUGGCUCCUCACAGCAGAACUCCAGGGGAGCGCUUGAUUCCUCCACGGUGAGGGCAGCGCGGCUCAUGUUGGCGCGCUGCGGCACAUUAAAACAUUAAAUAGCCGAGAGUUUUUUUCAGCGUGUGAAAUACGAUGUGUGGCGGGAGUGCGUGACUUAAGACCGAAAUGCGUGAGUGUCCCGCUCAAUGCGUGACACUUGAGAGCCCUGAUAAAGCUACAGCCGGGAGGUAGUUAGCCUAGCAUAGCCGCGCACAGUGACUUCUUGUCCCGAGUCACGGAGAGAAAUCCGGCAUAUUAACUUGUUUUACACAAUGUUUAAAGUAACUGCAUUAUAACCACAAGUGGUAUAAUGGUCAAUGCUAAAGUUUAAUUAGCAUAAAUAGAAAAAGGUCAGUGUCCUGACUCGAUAAUUUCAAGUGAGGCUGAAGCAGCUAGUAAAAAAAUAAAAGUUAUGCACUGUAAUUUGUGUAUAACCCAUGUAAUUCAUUUUUAUGCCGUCCACGUAAUCAGGAACCAGGAGAGGUCACGUGGUAUCAAGAGCGAGAAGGUCGGGGUCGAUGGCUGGGUCCACGCGGUUAUUUAUUUAUCAUGCAACUUCUUAACUUUAGUUGCGCCAAUUCCGUAUAGUUACUUUUACACAAACUACGUUUGUUUCCCAAACCUAGUUGUUUCUAGUGAAGACCGAAGUCUAAGACUAUUGGUUAGAUAUCGGACAUGGAUGAGGAUACCUUCAAUAUUUAUUGCUCAAGAUUGAACCUGUGGACGUAGCCAGGCUAGCUGUUCCCCUUGUUUUCAGUCGUCGUGCUCAGCUAAGAUAACCGUCUCCUGGCUGUAGAGCGCCGUCAGUCCUCUCAGUGUAUUUCCAAAAAAUGUCAAACGGUUCCUUUUGAAUUAUCGGUUCCACACUCGCCAAAAGAAACCCGGUUAACGGCGCACAUCUGGAAUCAACAUUUUAUGCUCAUAUCACUUUUUGACAGCUAACACUGCAGCAUGUGGGCCAAUGAAAGUGGAGGGAGCGGUUCAUAUCCUCAGGAUGCCAACAGAGAGUGUGGGUGGAAAAUAUUUUACAUAUCAGACAUUAAUAUAUUCUGUGUAGAAAACCAAGAGGGUGUAAAAUGUAUGGCGAGAUAUGAAAUAUACAAUGUAACCAGAGCAUAAAGUAUAUGGACAAGAUGAAAAGCUGUAUCACUGUC